AUGGCCUCUUCUGCAACAAAACUUAGUUUAGAAAACAUAAAAGCGCUUUUCAAUCUCAUGGAUGAUGAGAGAUUAGCAACAUACAAGUAUGUGAAACAACUCCAAAAUAAUUUCAAGAAUGAACUCACUGAAUUGCACUUUAUGGAAAAAAUAGAAAAGUCAUCACAUAAGCAACAAGCAAUAAUAAAUACACCCAAUAAGGUUCUGGAAAUACCAGAUUUUCAACUAACUGAAAUGAAAAUUUUUGAAGAACCCAAGUAUCAAUCACUGGCUGUACCACCUGUAAUAUAA